GCAGGUCUCGCACUUUUUUCUGUUUUUUUGCAGAGACUCGUCGGCGGGCCAGCCGAGGCAAAGAACCAUGUCUCCCACGCCAGUGCGAACUGUGGCAAUGGUUCUCAACUCGGCAGGGUGCAACUGACGACGAGAUGCGGCAGCUGAAGGUUGCAGCUUGUGGCCUCUUGGCCCUCAUCUUCUGCUCCACCCUGGUUUUCUACACGUCCCUGAAUCAGGUGGACCGCGAGCAAGGGCAAGAAAAGCACCCGCUCGUCUUCUACGAAGACGCGAUGGAGCAAAUCACCGUGUCGAGGAUGGUGGACGUCCAGCGGCAGAACCACCUGAAGAACCAGUGUCGCAUCAUGAAUUUAUCCAACGACCUCAACUCGGUGCUCAGUGACCAGGAGUUUCUCAGUCACGUUAUAGUCGACGAGGAGCACAAACUGCUCUACUGCUACGUGCCCAAGGUUGCGUGCACCAACUGGAAGCGCGUGUUGAUGGUGCUGAUGCAAAAGACCAACGUGACAAAGGUGCUGGACAUAACUGCCAGUCUCGCUCACAGCCAAAAUAUGUUCAUGAAACUGAUUAACUACACCACGCCCGAGGUGGAGCACAUGCUGAAGACGUACACCAAGUUCACCUUCGUCAGGCACCCUCUCGAGCGGCUUCUCUCCGCCUACAGAAAUAAGCUGCAGCAAAACUACGAAAGUUCAAGAUACUUCAAGCAGCGGUACGGGCGGCUGAUCGUGCGAUUGUACCGUCCAAACGCGUCUCCGGAGGCGCUGGAGAAGGGCGACGACGUGAGCUUCCAGGAGUUCGCGUCGUACGUGUCGGACACGCAGCUGCGUCCGAACGAGCACUGGCAGCCGGCGGCCGAGCUGUGCCGUCCGUGCGCGGUCAACUACGACGUGAUCGGCAAGUACGAGAGCCUCAAGCAGGACGCCGACUUCGUACUGAGCCACGUGAGCCGCGAUGUGCGCUUCCCGGAGCUGCCCAAGCCUUCGAUGACCAACGCCAGCCUCAAGUCGACGCUGGACGCGCUGCCGGAGCUGCUGCUCGAACGCCUCCAGCAGAUCUACGAGGCCGACUUCCGUCUCUUCGACUACCAGCCGGCCCUUCGAUAGCUAAAUCGGUGCUGCAAGCUAAAAAUCAAUCUGUUACUUUUAGAGGUCUCAGCCAGAUAUGCCAGCCGCCGGUGAAAAAGGGUCAAAAAUUAUUUUUUUUUUCAAUCCUCCUGAAAUCUCGCGGCUGAGACCUCUAGUUAUUUUGCAUUUAUUUCACAGCAUUUUAAUUUACUAAUCAGUUACCAAUUACCAAUCCGUUUGGCAAGACGCGGAAAUAUUCAUCCAGUACUUAUACUUCCUACUUAAACUGCAAUCAUUUUUAGCGAUAUAGAAAUGCGUGAGAUUUGCUUGCCCUGCAAAGUAAUGAAAAGGAGGUCGUUCGCAUGAUGUCAAAUGUGAUAUUUUCAGCUCUCUUUUGGCUUUUUUUUUUUAAAUAUUUGUGUAUAUUUUUACGAUUCCAACUCUGGGAAGGGAGAUAAAUUGAAGUGUGAACCCGCCACUAGCCAUCUAAUCCAUGUGUUCUCAUUCAGAUGAAAUAAAAAAAAAUCGAUGUUUAACUCGCACACAUGUAACGACGUUACAAAAAACGAAAUUCAAAUGUGUCAAAAAUGUUUGAGUGUUACUUCGUGAUAAAAAUAAAUAUAGAUACAUUUUUCAGUACGAAA